ACAUUUGUCGCAGUGCAUGUUACUAAUAUAAGUUACUAAUACAAGGGAAUGGACAGCGUUGCAUCGCGAUCGUGACGCUUUGGGGCUUCCUAGGUGCGUAGCUACGAAACACUCGCAGUGGAAUCUAGAACAGACACGACGCGCGGGAAUGAAACGGCAACAAGUUUCCACACGCAGGUCUCGUUCACGUGUCCUGCGCAGAUCCGAUGGGAGAUGUUUGAUUUGGGUGUGGACCUAAUACUUACCCCAGUAUGAGAACUAUACAGUAGCCCAUAGCUUUCCUUUGAACAUUUACGGACAGAGGACAUCGAAAAGACAAAGAGAGAAUCAGCAGCAUGGCUGUCUUCAAGCUGGAUAAUGUUGAAGAUCUUUAUGAGAUUGGAAGCGUUUUGGGAAGUGGUCACUUUGGACAGGUGUGUGAGGUGCGUGAACGGGCCACUGGUGUUCUGUGGGCGGGGAAAUUCCUGAAGCUGAAGAAAGGCGCAGGAAGCAGGUUAGGCCUGGAGAGGAAGAAUGUGGAGAAGGAGGUGGAGGUCCUACAGAGCCUUCAGCAUCAAAACAUCAUGGCUCUCAGAGAUGUUUUCGAGAGCAGGUCAGAGGUGGUUCUCAUCGUUGAGCUCAUAAAGGGUGGCGAGCUCUUUGAUUUCAUCGCUGAGAAAGAGAACCUCACAGAGACGGAAGCCAUUGAGUUCAUGAAGCAGAUUCUGGAAGGUGUCCGCUACAUGCACCAAAAAAAUAUUGCCCAUUUCGACCUGAAGCCGGAAAAUAUCAUGUUGUCUGACAAACACGCUCCCCAUCCAGACAUCAAGAUCAUUGAUUUCGGCAUGGCUUAUCGCUUUACUCCAGGAGAAGAGUAUAAGAGUUUAGGUGGAACCCCUCAGUAUAUCGCCCCUGAGAUUAUCAACUUCGAGCCUCUCGGUACAGCAGCAGAUAUGUGGAGCAUUGGUGUCAUUACCUACAUUUUUUUGAGUGGCCUGUCACCGUUCCAAGGUGAGACGGACGAAGAGACCCUGAGGAACAUUGUGGCACUGAAGUACGAGUUUGAGCCUCACCACUUCAGCCAAACCAGCAACAUGGCCAAAGACUUCAUCCAGAAACUGCUAGUUAAAGACCAGAGUGAAAGGAUGACAGCAGAAGAGUGUCUCAUUCACCCCUGGAUUAAGCCUCUCAAUAGAACUCAAAUUGCCAAGAGGAACCGCUCCUCCAUCAACAUGAAGAACUUUAAGAAGUUCAACGCGAGGAGGAAAUGGAAGAUGUCCUUUAACAUGGUUUCAGCAUGUAAUCGGUUUUGUCGACUGCAAUUACUGUGUAAACCCCGCAUCCCGGAGCAACAAGAACUGAGAGACUGUGAGAGCGAUCAGGAGGACACAGGCACAAAACCUGCCUCUCUCUUACGCAGACGUCUUAGUAGCAGUUCAUAAAUAUCACCGGUUGAGGGAGUCAAAAAUCACAAGUAUCUCCCUAUAACGAGACUGCAGCGCUCAUUCGACCAAUAGUACUUCGUACUGCCAAUUGGAGGAGACAUGGACCGCAAUCAACAGGAUCUCUUCACCCAUCUGAAGACCUUUAACCUCAGUGCAUGCAAUUGCCCAACCACCAGCUGCAUAUCCAGUUACAGUGGAUGACUACAUCUGAAAGAAAGAUGGGGCCAUGCAAUCAUUGUGCUUUUCUAUGGUAAUAUGCAAGCAUUUUCAUUGAGUUCUACCUCUGACUGACUGAGUGUGUUCUACCUGAAUUACUGAGGAGAGGGGGGUCAGGCGUCUUGAAGGAUGUACUUACAAUAUUAAGUUUUCCUUAAACUAAGAGUGUUUUUAUUUUCAGAUUUAUUUUAGUGGGAUAUAUAUAUAUAUAUAUAUAUGCAACGCUAUCUCACGACCAAUUUGUAUGCGUUUUACAAGGUGGCUUAUUCUUACGAAUUUGUAAAACCUCACUCGUACGAUUUUAUACGAUUUGUCUAAACCCAAGUGACGGUUAGGUUUAGGGGCGGGGUUAGGUGUAGGUCAUGCGUACAAAUUCAUACGAAUUGUGCAAAUCGUAAAAUACAUACAAUUUGGCAAAAAUCGAAUGAAUUUGUACGAGUGUAGUCGUACGUAUUAGAACGAAUAAGCCACCUCGUGAAAAAUUACGAAUAGCCGUGAGAUUGGGUUGAUAUAUGCUAUAUACACUACUGUUCAAACAUUUGGGAAUGUUUUUCUUGCAAAGAAAGGAAUAGUUUUUAUUCAGCAAGGAUGCAUUACAUUGAUCAAAAGUGACAGUUAAGAUAUUUAUAUUGUUACAAAAAAAUAUGUAUAUAUAUUUCGAAUAAAUUCUAUUCUUUUUAACUUUCUAUUUAUCCCAAAAAAGGCAUUAUGCUUUUUACAAAAAUAGCACAUAACUGUUUUCAGUGUUUGAUGUUUACUUAGCAGCAAAUCAUCAUAUUCUAGUGAUUUCUGAAGGAUCGCGUGACACUGAAGACCGGAGGAGUGGAUGCUGAAUGAUUAGGGAGAUAAAAUUCUUACUGACCCUAAACUUUUUUGAAUGGUAGUGUUUAAUAGCCUAUAUCCUAAUAUAUUAAAGCCCCAUUUAUACCUGGUACUAACAUCUAGCACAAAUACAUGUUAGCAGCUUGCAUUAGGAGUUCGAAGGAAGGUCUCUGAGAAAUAUUGUUCAAAUUUAAAAUGAAUAACAUUAAAAAGCACAAAAGCUCAUUUAGAAAUAUACUGAGUAGGCAGACUUUUUUACGUUUACACUACAAAUGCAACAUGGUCACAUGCAUUUCUGACUACCUCUGAAUGUGGUUUGAGUAAACCAAUCAUGAAACAUUUUGAACCUCAUUUAGUAUUGAACAACAUGUGAUUGAAUCAAUUUAGACCUUGUAAACGGGGCAAAGGUUAAUGUACUUUCAGAAUUAUAAAGGACUUUUGGGCUGAGUGCCUUAAGACAUAUAUCUUCUCAAAAACCUGCUCUAGACUAAUACCUAUUCUGUCCUGUAUUAAACUACCAGAGGCCAAACCGUAUUCCCUUUAUUGAUAAUAACAUUUUGAGAUUCAACCAGUUGCCUUUUUUCUGUAUGGCUGAAUUAAUAGUAGUUCUAGUAGGCAUCUUCAGUACGAUCAUCUCUGAGCAGCGAUGGUGUUCAUUUAUGACAUGAACAGAUAUAUACAGCUGUUAUAAAUCAUGUUUAACAUGUAAAGCGGGUAACAGUUUUACAACUUAUUGGCUUUCCCCAUCGAGUUUGAGCAACAGAUUUCAUGUGAAGAGCCUUUAAAUGUAUUUGAAUGGUGCUGUGCAGUGUUGAGCUUAAUGAAAUGCUGCUAGAAUUAUUCUAGACACUAAUUGUUGCCUUUAAUGUCAGAGUCUCAAGAAACUCUACUGAGUUAAAUUAGUCUUUUUCAAAGAAUACUGGUCUUCCUUGUAUAUAUAAAAUCACUGUUCAGUUUGAGAAGUCUUCCAUUAUCCAGACAUAGCAACAUUUUACCCUCUUGCUAGAACUAGUAAUGUGAAAUUAAUAUUAUAUAUUGUUGUCAUGAUAUAUAUUGUAUACUAUACCUGACUUGCAAGAAUGUUACUGUGUCUUCUGUUAUGUAACGUUUGCCUGAGGGUUGUAAUUCCUGUUAUGUCUAUUAUGUAAUAUCAGGCCACUGUUAACUUUAAAUGUAUGCAUUUAUGUAUUAGUACAAUUUUUUAUGAUAUUUUAAUUUUGUAUUAUUUAUAUUUUUAAAUGGAGCAUGUCAGAUUAGUGAGUGGUUUUUCUUCUGGAUGAGUCGUUGCCUUAUCAAAUUUUCUUAUGCAGUAUUUGGGUGUCUCGUUUGCUAUUUGUAAAUAAUGAUUUAGUGUGUGUCUGUUUUUUUUUUUUUUUUUUUAUCAUUUGAUACUGUUUUCUUUGUUAUGUAUAAAUAUAGCAAUUUGGUGCAUGUGGUUUUUCCUAUACAGUUUGUUCAUUUUAAUGUGUGUCCUUGGUUUGUUUGAUACUGCUUAGUGUAAAUUAAAAGCAGUUUUUUCCUUUAA